AUGUAAAGGGUAAAUUCUGUUCUUUAAAGGAGUGAUAAAUACUUAUAAGAAAACAAUAAAAAUAAAAAAACCAUUAAAAGAGAUUAUUCCUAUAAUGAUAGUAAUGAUUCUAAAAAUUAGUAACCAACUCAUUUAAUUAGUAAAUUUAUUUAAAAUAAUCAUAUUAAAAAAGAGAAUAAAAUUACAAAUAAUAGUCCUUAAUAAAAUAAUAAAUAAAAUUUAAAUUUAAUUAAUAUAUUUAAUAGUAACAAACUUAAUGAAAGUAUUAAAUCAUAAGAAUGUAAUAAUAUAAAUAAUUAUAACAAAAAUAAUAAUUAAAACUAUUUAUAAAAUUUUGCUAUAGUCUAAAAAUUGGGAGAAGGUAAAUUUUCGGAAGUUUAUUUUGCUGUUGAAAAAUACACAAACUUUUUAGUUUGCUUAAAAAAAAUAAAAAUCGAAACAAUAAAAAAAUAUGGUACAGAAAAAGAAAUAGGAAAUGAAAUAAAAACAUAAAUGUAUUUAACACAUCCAAAUAUAAUACAAUUAUAUGGAUUUUUUAUUGAAAACAAUUUUCUUUAUUUAAUAUAAGAAUUUACAGAAGGAAAAAAUCUUUUUACAGAUUAAAAGUAAUAAUAAAAUAAAAAAUAUAAGGAGAUUUAAGUAGCUAAUAUUAUUAAAUAAAUACUUGAAACCUUAAAUUUUAUGCAUUAAAAAAAUAUAAUACAUCGAGAUAUAAAGCCUGAAAAUAUAAUUAUAAAUAACGAAGUAGUAAAAAUAUGUGAUUUUGGAUAUGCAACAUUUCUUAAUUGUAAAUAAAAUAAUUUAUGUGGGACUCUUGAUUAUGUAAGUCCUGAGAUGAUUCAAGGAAAAGAUUAUGAUUUUUCAGUUGAUAUUUGGAGCAUUGGAAUUCUUACUUUUGAAUUGCUUUUUGGAUUUGUGCCUUUUUUCGAAAAAGGUGAAGAAGAAACUUUUAAUAAAAUACUUAAUGAAAACGUAGAAUUUCCAGGAAUUGUUUCUUUCGAAGCUGUAAGUUUUAUUGAAGGUUUAUUAUAAAAAUAACCUGAAAAAAGAAUGAAAAUUUAAAAUGCUUUAAAACAUUUGUUUAUUAUUAAUAAUAUGUCAAGUAGAAAUAUUGAAAAUAAAAAAAAUUAACUUGAUUUUGAAGAUUUUAAGGUUUUUUGA